AUGGAGGGGGAUAAAGGGGGGGCUGGCAAGAAACGCUGGCCGAGCCUUGCUGGGAACAGGUUGGACAAACAUCUGCCAGGGAAGGUUGAAGCUGAGCGGAUUUUGCUGGCGGCAGUUGUAUCAGUCUCCCAUGAAAUCUUCCAGCACAAGGAAUACCCCGAGGGUAAAUUCACACUGCUGCGAGACACACGGACAGAUGGCAGCUUCCUGGUGCACCACUUCCUCUCCUUCUACCUCAGAGCUGGCUGCAAGGUUUGCUUUGUGGCCCUGCUGCAGUCCUUCAGCCACUACAGCAUCGUGGCACAGAAACUGGGAGUCAGUCUGGCAGCUGCCAAGGAGCGGGGACAGCUUGUCUUCCUGGAGGGCCUCAAGUCCUGCCUUGACCUCGUGUUUGGGGAGGAGGAGCAGCCAGGGCAGCCCAGUCCUCUGCAGUUUCUGAGCGGGAGCACCUCUGACCUCCGAGCCUUGUUUGAGUUUGUCCGGGUGUCCCUGGCUCCCAGUGCCGGUGAUUCCUGGAAAGGCCCCGUGCUGCUGGUGGAUGACCUCAGUGUCCUGCUGAGCCUGGGGGCUGCACCGGUGGCCGUGCUGGACUUCAUCCACUACUGCCGCGUGUCCGUGUGCUGCCAGCUGAAGGGGAACAUCGUGGUGCUGGUUCACAGCAACGAGGAUUCAGAAGACGAGGAGAAUGAACUGCUUGUGAACUCCCUGUGUCAUCACAGCGACCUCAUCCUGUGGGCAGAGGGGCUGGCCACCGGCUUCUGCAAGGAUGUUCACGGGCAGAUUAAGAUAAGCAAGAGAUUGUCCUUGCGGCAGGCGGGGGAGCAGGACCUGGUCCAGAUCUACCAGUACAAGAUCCAGGACAGGAACGUCACCUUUUUCGCACGGGGGCUGUCGGCUGCGGUCCUGUGACACUGCGGUCCUGUGACACUGCGGUCCUGUGGCACUGCCAUCCUGUGGCACUGCCAUCCUGUGACACUGAGGCCCCGUGGCACUGCCAUCCCGUGGCACUGCCAUCCCGUGGCACUGUGGUCCUGUGGCACUGCGGUCCUGUGGCACUGCGGUCCUGUGGCACUGCGGUCCUGUGGCACUGCCAUCCUGUGGCACUGCCGCCCUGUGACAAUGCCAUCCUGUGGCACUGCUGUCCUGUGGCACUGCCGUCCUGUGACAAUGCCAUCCUGUGACACUGUGGCAGCUCAGAGCCCGGGAAUGGCAGUCCCUGCCUCUGCAGAGCACCAGCAGCACCUCUCAGCAGCAGCACAGCAAACUGACCCGGCUGGGAAGCUCACACUCACCUGGAGCGGUGCCAAGGUGGGAUCAGCCUGCCUGGAGCCUGCUGCAUCCCUUUGUCCUCCCACCCCGUUCCCAACACACUCAGGCCAAGAACGGGAGCAAGAACUUGCAGGAAUGGCCCUUAGAGCGUGUAAAUACAGGCGGGAGGUGCCCCGCGGGCUGGGCGUGCCCGGCCUCACCUUUUCCGCUGUGUUGGGCACGGCAGUGCCAGGCGCUGCACGCCUGGGGAGCGGGGAGAUGACACACAGCGGGUGGAGCAGGGAGCCUGGCGCAAUCCUGGCCCUGCUCCCAGCUCUGGCUGGCAGAGAUUGGCCAGCUGCCAGCAGUUGGUAAAUGCAUGGCUCCGUGUACAGCCCCUGGCCUGGCUGUGCUGAGAGCUGGGCGCUGCCCUGGUUCAUCCCCUCAGGCUGCCCGAGCUCAUCCUGGCCUUUGUGCUUGGGUAAACCCCUCUGGGAGCCCGUCUCAGCCACUGCUUCCUCACCCCAAACCCUGACCAGCAGCUACAUGACCUGCCUGUGCUGAAGCGUUUUUUUAAAAUAAUAAUCUGUAAUUUUAGCGAGAUAAGGGUACUGUGAUUAAGUAACUGCAGAUCUCGGGGUGGGAACUGCUCCCUGCCUGCUCCUUGGCAGGGAUCAGGAAUGGGCAUCUCCCAAGCCUGGAGGAGGAGAGCCCUUCCUCAUGGCUGUCCUGGGAGCAGGGAUUUCCAGGUCUCCUGGUCCACGCUCCUGCUGGGAUAUCCCAUUUAUCCUGGGAGAUAAAAACAUCCCAUGUGCUUGUGAGAGUCCAGAGCAACCUGCCAGGUCCUUGCAGCUCCAGAGCUGGGAUAGCAGCCCUGGCAGUGGCACACAUUCCUGAUGCUCCGUGUAGGCUCAGUGACCACCCCGUGCUGGUCUGGGGACAUUCCUUUGAGUCAGAGUUUUGGGAGCCCUGGCAUGCUCAGGGCUGUGGCUGCUGAUCAGUGGCAGCCCAGGGAAGCCAGGCAGGCUCCAGGGGUUGUGGAGGGACUCAGGCCAUGGGUGUGCUACAGGACCACUCAUCCCUGGUGUCCCCUGGGUGGAAGUGGCAGUGCCCAGUGGCAGUGCUGCUGUCCCAGGGGUGGUGGCAGUGCCCAGGGGUCAGUGCACUGUCACAGAGUGCAAAGGGAGGAUGAGAGGACUGGGAGCUGCUGGCACUGCAGCUGUGACGGGCACAGAGUGGUGUAUAAUUGGAGUAAUAUCUGUGUGAUUGUCCUUGGAGACAUCCCAAAGCCUGGCUCCUGGGCUCUGCCUCCCUCUCUGGGAACAGGCGGGGUCACUGUGUGACACCAUCCCUGUGUGACAUCACUGUGUGACAGUAUCACUGUGUGACAUCACUGUGUGACACCAUCCUUGUGUGACAGUAUCACUGUGUGACAGUAUCACUGUGUGACAGUA